UCACUCAUUUGCAUACACAAAAACAAAACAAAAAAAAAAUACACCAUUUUCAAACCUUCUUUCUUCUUCUUCUUCUUCUUCUUCUAAAGCCAUGAAUUCUUCCUCUCACUCACAAACCAAAGAAGUUCUCCAAGAUGCGUGGGACUACAAAGGCCGCCCGGCCGAGCGCUCGAAGACCGGCCGCUGGACCGCAGCUGCCAUGAUUCUCGGAGGUGAGGCUGUAGAGAGGCUAACAACACUAGGAAUUGCAGUGAAUUUGGUGACAUAUUUGACUGGAACCAUGCAUUUGGGGAAUGCCACUUCUGCUAAUACUGUCACCAAUUUCCUUGGCACUUCCUUCAUGCUUUGUCUUCUUGGUGGUUUCAUUGCUGAUACCUUUCUUGGCAGGUACCUCACCAUUGCCAUCUUUGCAGCCGUUCAAGCAACUGGUGUUACAAUCUUAACAAUUUCUACCAUAAUCCCUUCCCUCCGGCCGCCACGAUGCACGGCGGAGUCGCAUUGUGCUCCGGCCACCGACUUUCAAUUAACAAUCCUCUACAUCGCUCUCUACACGACGGCGCUCGGUACCGGUGGCCUGAAAUCUAGUGUCUCCGGUUUCGGUUCCGAUCAGUUUGAUGAAUCAGACAAGGAGGAAAGGUCUCAAAUGACUAACUUCUUCAAUUGGUUCUUCUUCUUCAUAAGCUUAGGAUCACUCGCCGCCGUGACGGUUCUCGUCUAUAUUCAGGAUAACGUCGGCCGGCAAUGGGGAUAUGGCAUCUGUGCCAGCGCCAUUGUCGCCGGGUUAGUCGUGUUUGUCUCCGGUACUAAGAAAUAUCGAUUUAAGAAGCUGGUCGGUAGCCCGUUGACACAGAUCGCUACGGUUUUCGUCGCUGCUUGGAGGAAACGACGUAUCGAAUUGCCAUCCGAUUCGUCGUUUUUGUUCGACAUUGAUGAAUUUGGAGAUGAAGGACAUGGGAAGAUGAAGAAGCAAAAGCUUCCUCGUUCUAAACAGUUCAGAUUUUUGGAUAAAGCAGCAAUCAGAGAAUCAGAAAAAGGGGCUGAUAUCACAUUAAUGAACAAAUGGUACAUAUCAACCCUAACUGAUGUUGAAGAAGUAAAAAUGGUUAUUAGAAUGCUACCCAUUUGGGCCACAAGCAUCAUGUUUUGGACUAUCUACGCCCAAAUGUCCACCUUCUCCGUCUCCCAAGCCUCCACCAUGGACCGCCGCAUCGGAAAAGCCUUUGAAAUCCCCGCCGCCUCCCUCACCGCCUUCUUCGUAGGUAGCAUUCUCAUAACCGUCCCAAUUUAUGAUCGUAUCAUCGUCCCCAUCGCCCGAAACCUACUAAAAAACCCUCAAGGUCUCACCCCAUUACAACGAGUCGGUACAGGUUUAGUUUUAUCGAUUCUCGCCAUGGUAGCUGCAGCUCUCACCGAGCUAAAGCGACUCAAAGUUGCGAGUUCACACGAUCUAAUCAAUAAUAAGACCGCCGUGGUUCCGUUAAGCGUGUUUUGGUUGGUGCCACAGUUCUUUUUCGUAGGGUCGGGUGAGGCGUUUACGUAUAUGGGGCAACUUGAUUUCUUCUUAAGGGAGUGUCCUAAAGGGAUGAAGACAAUGAGCACAGGGCUAUUUCUAAGCACACUAUCAUUAGGGUGCUUUUUUAGCUCAUUUUUGGUGACAAUUGUGCACAAAAUCACAGGAGGGAAGCCAUGGUUGGCUGAUAAUCUCAACCAAGGGAAGCUUUACAAUUUCUAUUGGCUUUUGGCUAUUUUGAGUGGUUUGAAUUUUGGGGUUUAUUUGGUUUGUGCUAAAUGGUAUGUGUACAAGGAUCAAAGGCUGGCUGAAGUGGGUAUUGAGUUAGAGGAAUCAGACAUGCCUUGCCAUGCAUAAAGAGUACUCAUCAUGGCCCAAUAUCAUACCUCUCUUUUGCCCUUUUGGCAUAUAAAGUUUGUAAUAUCUUUCCAUACAAUAUGAAAAGGAAUAGAGAAAGAAAAAGGGGAAAUUGAACUUUUCCCGAGUGGUUUGAAUGUAAUUGUCGAUCCAUCAAUGAUUAUUAUGAAUGAAUACAAGAAAUAAUUAGUAUACAA